UUUUAAUACAGUAAUUUUAUGCUGUAUCAUAUUGUGGAAUACAAAUAUACUGUGUUUGUAUUUUGUUCGGGACUGGGGCCAGUUUUGCAUGUUUCAAGCGUUACGUCAGACGUUCGUUCCGCGAGGAGCACGUUGCGCUCGGAUUAUUUAGAGGUGACGCCUCCAGUUGCUAUGGAAACAGGACGCUUUUUCCGCUCCAACCUUCCAGUGUCUUCUCAAACUGCGACGAGGCUUAGAAAGUCAAAGAAACUUCAGAAAAGUGUUACUGUAUGUUUAACAUUCUAUGACAGACAGUAGAAGAAAAAAAUACCCCUUUAUAUCUCAAAUACAGUCGAUAGGUCUUUAUAUAGAGAGAGUUAGACACUUCGCACAGAUGAACAGUUUACAGUGUGUUGGAAGGCCUUCAGAAGUCUCAUCCAAAGUCAAUGAAAAGGAGGUUGCACCCUUAAAACCAGAGGUUGGCAGCUCAACAGAUCCAGUGGCAAAAGAAUCAGUGGAAUGGAAACCAAAGCAACACAAACCAAAACUUAGUGGAAAGACAGAAGGACAGGGACCAUCUGUAAACUCUGAGACAACAAAUAUUAAACUCAAAGCUCCAUGUUCCACAAGGCAAAUGAAAGUAAAACCUGGUGAAAAGACAGAGGGUCAGGAUCCUUCUGUAAAUACAGAGGUCAAUCCUUCCUUGAACUCUGAAACAUCAGAUACCACACUCAAAGUAUACACUUCAAAAAGCAGCAGAGGGUAUAAUGCCUCUAAAGCACCGUCCUUCAGAAAUGUAACCAGGCAUGGACAUAAACUACCUAAACAGGCUCCCCCUAUUAUGACAGCAUUAGAAAAACAAGAGGAAUGUGAUGUCCAGUCAGAAAGUGUUCAUGAACUACAUAUCCAGGCCCCUCAAGUAGUGCUCUCUGCAAAUGACCAGGAUCCUCAUGAGGCACAGAGUGAAGAGGAUGGAAAUGAGAGCGCUGAAGGACACGUGCCGCUAGAACUGUUUGCAGAGUUUCUACAGGCCAUGAUGACAAGGAAUUACCAACUUGCCAAGAAACUCUGUCAGAUGAUUUUAAUUUAUGAGCCUCAGAACUCAGAGGCUAAGAGCUUCCUGCCUCUCAUAGAAGAAAAAUUAAUGAUAGAAGCAGAUGAGGAAUCAGAUGAUGAUGAUGAUGAUGAUGAAUCUGAUGAUGAUGAAUCUGAUGAAUCAGACACAUCUGAUGAUGAUGAUGAUGAAGAUGAUGAUGAUGAGUCCUCAGAUGAAGAGUCCACUGACGGCACAGAUGAUACAUUAUCAUCUUCAUCAUAA